AUUUAUUAGAGUGUAUCGGAAGAAAUGCACUGUAACAUUUGUAGGGAUUUGAAAUAGUGUUCUCGCUAAAAAACCGGAUCUUUAAAAAUGUUUCUUUAAUGGUGCCGAUUCCGAUUGCUGAGAUCCUAUUGGAUUUGUUUUAGCAAAGUAGCCGAAGCUCAAUUUUUGAAUUUUAUUUUCCGAAGGAUAAAAAGGACACCCUUUUGACAGUAAUCAAAAUGAUGGAAUUACUUCCCUGCGAUGACCCUCGGGAAGGGUCCGCCCGCCUGCGGAAGGCCAUCGACAAGGAGCUGUUCAUUUCGCGCUGCAAGAACCGGCUGAAAGGCAAAAAGAAACUACUCAAAUACCUGCCGGAGCGGUCCAGUUUCCUGUACGAGUUUCUCGGGGUGCAGUCGACGUGCGGUAUUCUGCCGUUGCGAACCAACAUCUACAAGGACUUCCUCGGCGGAACGGACCGGACCGAGGAGCUCAAGAACAAGGUGAUCAGUUCGAUGAUUCCGGACGAGGUGCUGUGCAGCGCCGGAGACUACCGGCCGAGGAAGUUCAUGACCGCGAUGCUGUUUGCCGAUGUAUCAGGCUUCACGGAUCUCUCGGAGAAAUUCAACCAACCGGGCAAAGGGGGAGCUUCCAAGCUAUCUCAGGUCCUGAACGCCUACCUGGGUGCCAUGGUUCAGGAGAUCCUCUCACACGGCGGUGACAUUCUGAAAUUUUCCGGUGAUGCCUUCCUGGUGCUGUUCAAGGAAACGUCUUCGGUAUCGUUGCAGGAUGCCACGCACCGUGCCAUCGAUACGGCCAUCAUCAUUCAGCGGUCGUUUGGGGCGUACAAAACCGAAGUGGGCGUCACGCUGAGGGUGAAGAUUGCCAUUUCGGCCGGUGAGGUUUACUUUUCUCUGAUCGGGACGGAGGAUUUCUCACAUUACGUGGUCAUUGGGCAACCCGUAUGGAAGGUUAAGAUUGCCGAAAAGGUUGCCGUAGCCGGUGAUAUCAUUGUGAAUCAUUUGGCAUGGAACUACAUCCAUCCGAAUGAGUACAUUUCCGAACAGUGCGACGACAAGGUACAUUUUCGGAUCAAAGGGUUCACCAGUAACUGGCGAUCGGCACAACGGUUGAACAUUUUCGAUCUGCUACACGAGAACGAACUGGAAGAUGAUGAUGAUUCGAGGGUGGUGGCCGGUGAAGAAAUGAAGUUGGACAGUGAAACUCUGGGGAUUCGACCAAGUUUGAAGCACGUUGCCACUAAAACUCUAACCACCUCGUUGAGGCGGUUCAUGAUUAAACCGAUUUUGAAUGCCAUUGACACGCAAGAACCGUUGGAGUUUCUCACAGAAAUGCGUCAGAUUGUGACAGUGUUUCUAAACAUUGUAUUAAGGACGAAGGACAUGCUGGUGGUCAUCGAGGAGAUCAACUCAAUUUUUACUUCACUGUGCACACUGGUCGAAAGCUAUGAAGGCACCGUCAACAAGGUAUCCCUUUUCGACAAGGACGUUAUGUUUCUGAUAAUUUUCGGUCUCCGGGGAUACAAACACGAUUUGGACAGUCAAAUCGCCUUGCGAUGUGCAUCGGAAAUCCGCGAACUGUAUCGAACGAAUCCCAAAGUUUUGUCCGCCUCGAUUGGAGUUACAACGGGAUCGACGUACUGCGGAGUGGUGGGACAUUUCGUUCGUCGGGAGUACUCGGUGAUCAGCGUCACGGUUAACAAGGCGGCCCGAUUGAUGAUGGCCUAUCCGAAUAAGGUCACCUGUGAUAAGGAUACGUUCAUGAUGAGUAAACUGGAUCCGAUGCAUUUUUUGCUCCAGGAAGCGAUCGAGUUGAAGGGACUGCAAAAUGUGGGGACGAUUUAUGAGUUCAAGGAAGUUAUUCCUGAACGCGAAAUGAUCAAACCGCAGGAGUACGAUUAUCCGAUAGUAGGACGUGACGAAAUACUCGAAGUUUUUCAAGAAAUGCUAGACGAUGGACUGUAUCUUACGCAGACUAUGAACGGAGACGACAUCAGCAGAAUCCAGGAUUAUACCAAUCAAAGUUGUUUGCUGAUUCGGGGUGAAGCUCAGAUGGGGAAGACCCGUUUACUGAAUGAAUUGUUUCACAUCUCGUUGAAGAAUAAGAAAAUCAGUUCGCUCAGAUUGACGUUAUCGAUGCGGGAUCUUAAGAAAGCGUACUCCGCCGCAUAUCUGUAUCUUUCCCGCCCUCUUGGUUUCACUGAAACCAUCACAAGUAUCACCCGAGAGAAUCGCAUCAAACAGUAUCUAAGCGAAUACCAUCUUAAUCCCCAACUGGCACUUCUCAACGACAUUCUAGACGUAGAGUUUCCGAAAACGGAAAUGCUGCGAAUGAUGAACGACACCGAACAGAACGAAAUGAAACGUAAACUGUUCGAUCUGCUUUGCCAAAAGGCAUUUCAAAACCUGUGGGUGCUGAUCAUCGACGAUCUGGAAUUCAUGGACGACGAAUCGUUGGAGUUGUUCGAGAUUCUCUGGAAGAUGCCGCAGGUCAUUACGGUGCUGGCGUUGGGCUAUCGUCGACGGCUGGCUGCCCCUUUCAAGCGGCUUUUUGACAACCCUCACGUGUGCCAGCUGAAGCUGACCCCAAUCGAUACGCUGCUGCACAAAGCGGUCACGUGUCAAUUUUUGAAUGUGAAUGCUAUUCCACUGGAUUUGGAACGCGCAAUCCACACCAUGAGCAGCGGAAAUCCCGGCUGGAUGAACACAUUCGUAAUGUCUUUGAAGCAAAGCGGGCUGCUCCGGAUUACUCGAAUGGGCUCGAUCGAGGCCCAAGCCAAGGGAUAUGUCUUUUGCGAGUCAUCGUUUCUAAUACGAAGUAGUGCGCGGUCUACCAUCUCGUUUCGGAUGAGUGGUGCCGAUUGGGAUCUGUUUGAAUCCUGCUCGGAUGACGAUCAAAUGUAUCCCUUUGUGCAGGCGAAUUUCUCCAGCAAACUGGUGGAUGUGGCAUGCUUGAAGGGGGAAAUCGAUACGCAAAACUAUUUUCCAUCGUCCUGUUUGGAUGCGUUUCAUCUAAUGCUGUACGAUUCACUUUCGUCGUACGAACAGUAUGUGUGCAAGUGUGCCGCCGUUUUGGGCGAGAAAUUUCUUAGAGUGGCGCUGAUAUUCGUGAUCGCUCAGGAUAACGAACGGGAUGUGGCUAUUGCCAUCCAAAAGUUGUUCGACCUUCAAAUAUUGUCCUGCGCCAUCGGUGACUUCUCUGCCGGCUUCAGUCUGUUCCAGCGAAACGUCAACACGGAAAACUUGAAGAAGAGAACCUGCGGAUGCAUCAAAGUCCCAGUCACAAGAGCCUGCCGUGAUCUGCCACGCUAUGCAGCGUGUGGCUAUUCGAAAUUCAAUUCUAAUCAAUUCCGCCAGACGGUGUACAAUUUGCUCACCGAGGAGCAGAAAGUCGAGUUCCACAGCCGAGCGCUAACGUUUAUAGAACGUGAAACGAAGAAAUGCGCUACUUGUGGAGGCGGGCCAUUCAGCAAUCUGCUGUCCAGUGACGAUCAAUUCGAUGUGCUAAUGGGAUUCAAGCGGAGGCGAGAAUCCGAUGUAUCGUACCGGAAUCUACUGUUUAAAAGCGGUGCAAGCGGGUUUUCCGUGCAUUCGGACAAACAUUUCAAGUUGCUCAACUGCUUCAGUGCCCCGAAACCGUCUCCAUUUACCGCCAAGAUCCCGAUCCUAAGCUAUCGGGAGUACGAUUUUACCAAGUGCCGCUGCUACAUGACCCUGUACUCGAUGUACAAAGAAAUUGUGUACCACAGCAAUGGGGCACGGAUGGCCGAGAAGCACAUCGAGGCGCAGAUCGAAUGGUCCAACUGCUGCAUGAAGGUCGCCAACAUUCCCAAGGCCAUCCAGAUGUUGGAGAGCGUGCAGAAGCAAAUAAAGGACAUCGACAACUUUGAUAAUAUCGCGUUUGUGGCGUAUCUGAAAGGUCGAUUGUACACUCUGUUGGCGAUGUGCAGAUAUGAACUGAAACAGUACACCCUUGCGACGGAGUAUUUCUACACGGCAUCAGAAGUCAUGGGAAUGCCGUUUCCAAAGUCGACCGUAAUCGCCAAACUUCAGUUCGAGAUCCUGUUUGGCAAGGUAUGCCGAAUGGUACGCAAACGGGAACUGCAACCAGCACGGCGUUCCAAACCGCUGUACUAUGUCCUAAUCGCUUCCCAGCUGUCUUCCUGCUUCGACGGAAUGUUCCAACUGUUCCGUCGCCUUACCCAGUGGAAGCUGGCGCAGCUGGCUGCCGUGUGGAGCUUGAAGCACGCCCUGAAGUAUAGGCGCAACGCUUCCGUGCUGGUUGAAGCGUUUGCCAGUAUGUUUCAAAUUGCAUUUCACAUGGGGUUUUCCGAUAAUAUUGCGUGGAUGCAAGAGCGGUCGUUGGAAAUUAUAGCGGACAACGUUGAGCACAUCAAUAUGGAUUACAUGAAAGCGGUCGUGAAGUACUACACCGCGUUGAUCAUGUGUCAAACGAUCCGUUCCACCAAAUUGCUCUCGAUUGAGCUGGGUCGUGUUGUCCUGAAAAUCACCGAUACGCUCCAGUUCAAAACCAGCGAAUGGCAUAUAAUCCCAGUUCUAGCGGAACUGCUGAUGUCGCAUCGGAAAAUAUCCGAUGCCGUCAGUAUGUUGCGAGAUUUUCAGUCGUUGACCGAUCGGUAUCAGGACACCUCCGCCAAGGCAUGGUACUACUCGAUCGCAAUGGACAUCAUGCUGGAUACCAGUUGCUGCGUUGAGCCCUAUAAAGACUGUGAGACUUUCUUCCUGAAGAAUUGCGAAGCCCUGGGUUAUCAACGGGAUGCCUAUGCUGUGACGAGGCUGUUUACCAACUUAUGGCUGUGGUGCGUACGGAAUGGGGCUUGGGAGACUGCCGAUAUAUGGAUGAACAAGUUACAGGAGGUUUUCGUGUUGACUCCGCAUGAUUCGAUGAUAAAUGUCCACACGGCACUUCGUCUGCUGGAGGGGCUGAUACUCACAUUGGUCGGCAAGAUUGAGGCGAGAAGCAUUUUGGCAAUUGUUCGUCUGCAGAAUGAAAUUGAGCGCUUGUGUGAUAACAUUGAAGAUGCGCUGGCCAUUAGCCGAAGCCAUGAGGCGAAAUUCCGAUUGUGUAGAAUAUAUUAUAAAAAAGUUGUGAACGGUAAGUACAAUGCUGUUGCCAAGCUGAGAAAGCUGAGGAAGCAGGCGAUCGAACGCAAUGAUUUAUUAUGCGCCGAGAAGACCUUACACACCAUUCAGUACUGGCGCUGUGAGCUGCCUCCGAAACUGGAAUCGUUUUGGUUGGACCACUGCUCAAGCGUGGUAACCGGAAGUGACACGGAAGGAAGUGAACCCCUUGAUCGAUCUACUUCUAGCCGAUACGAUUAUACCAGUUGUGUUUUGAACGCGGAACGAGUCUACCCAUUUUCGUUACCACUCCCUCGGGCUAGGUAUUUUUGAAGAAAAACGUUUUUACCAAAAUUGAACGUAAAAUCCGUACGCAAUAAUCACGUGCUAAAGGUCGUUUUGAAGGGCUUAUUUUGCGUCAUUCCAAUAUAUUAAGUGUCUCGUUUUGCGUCA